AUGUCCUCUCAUAAAACAUUCAGAAUCAAGAGGUCCCUAGCUAAGAAACAGAAGCAGAACCAUCCCAUUCCUCAAUGGAUUCAAAUGAAAUCUGGUAAUAAAAUCAGGUACAACUCAAAGAGGAGACACUGGAGGAGAACCAAACUCAGACUACAAAGAAUGAAAGCAGCGAAACUGCAGGAAAUAUCUCUCACUGGGCAACCAACACCAGCUUGGGAACUCUUCACCUCUAGAACUCAUGAGGUAGUACCAAAGCUGGAAAUGUACAUUUUCAAGAUGGCUGUUUGGUGA